AUAAAGCGAGGGCAUCAAUGGCGAGAAUCCGUAAAAGGGUUCAAGCUGUUCGUCGUGCUGCCGAUGGAAGCGCUUUCGAUAAAUGUGAAGAAUGUGGUGUUAUGAUCGCGAUUGCUCUGUUUGAUAUGCACGAGUGUGGGGAGAAAAGAAGAGAACCGAAGAGGUUUAAGUGCGUUUCGAGUGAUAGUAAACCAAUUGGGAGUUUUGGAGAUGAGCCAAGAUCACCAUUCGUCUUCUUCGUAGAGGAUUUUAGGAGAAGCUACGAUGGGAACAUGGUGGAUGCUAGUAGAAUAUGUUUCAGAGUGUGGAAGAACAUGUCAAGAGAGGAUCAGAAACCCUUAGUAGCUCGUGCUGAAGAAGUUGAUUUGGCUCAUAACAUGAAACUAAAAGAAGAAGCUCAAAGUAUACAUAAGGUAAAUGAUGAGGCAGAUUCAAAAGCUGCUGCAAAAUGCGACAAGUUUUGUGAGUGCUGUGAUCAUGAAGAGGAGGACUUCGAUUCAUCUGAUCAUUUUGAACAUGAGUUUUGGGAAGACGAUACUGUACUGAAGUACUGAGACACCCGUCUUAGUGGUGGAGAGGGUUUUCCCUUAGUAUAUAACUUUAGAGCUGUUUCUCUUUCUUUUUUUGGUUAGUGCUCUUUAGACCAUGAUUA